ACAGGAAUAGUUAUCUGCUUAGUCUCAUCCUUCGUAUUUGGCAGUCUGAGGAAAAGAUCUGAGCCAGCAUGAAGACAGAAUCCCCUCUCCAUUAGAGAAAAACUUUCUGCCUGACGCAGUUCAUUGCAAGAAGAAGUGCACAAUGACAGAGCGUGGAAUUAAAUGGGCUUGUGAGUAUUGUACAUACGAAAACUGGCCAUCUGCAAUCAAAUGUACCAUGUGUCGUGCUCAGAGACCUAGUGGAACAAUUAUCACAGAAGAUCCAUUUAAAAGUGGUUCAAGUGAUAUUGGUCGAGACUGGGAUCCUACGAGCACUGAAGGAGGGAGCAGUCCUUUGAUAUGCCCAGAUUCUAGUGCAAGACCGAGGGUUAAAUCAUCUUACAGUAUGGAAAGUGCAAAUAAAUGGUCGUGCCACAUGUGCACCUACUUGAACUGGCCAAGAGCGAUAAGGUGUACUCAGUGCUUGUCUCAACGUAGGACCAGGAGUCCCACAGAGUCUCCUCAGUCUUCAGGUUCUGGUUCAAGACCAGUCCCUUUUUCCGUUGAUCCAUGUGAGGAAUAUAAUGACAGAAAUAAACUCAACACAAGGGCUCAGCACUGGACUUGUUCUGUUUGUACAUAUGAAAACUGGGCAAAGGCCAGGAAAUGUGUCGUGUGUGAUCAUCCCAGACCUAACAACAUAGAAGCAAUAGAACUGGCAGACACGGAGGAGGCUUCUUCAAUCAUAAACGAGCAAGACAGAGCUCGAUGGAGGGGAAGCUGUAGCAGUGGUAAUAGCCAAAGAAGAUCUCCACCUACCACCAAACGUGAAUCCGAUGUGAAAAUGGACUUCCAAAGAAUUGAAUUGGCUGGAGCUGUUGGCAGCAAGGAAGAACUUGAAGUUGACUUCAAGAAACUAAAGCAAAUUAAAAACAGGAUGAAAAAGACUGACUGGCUGUUUCUAAACGCUUGUGUUGGUAAGUGGUUUGCUGCUACCUUACCCUGUUAUGCCUGUGCUUAGAUGUUUUGGGAGA